CACUCGGUCACUGAGCUUUGGCCGUUUCCCUCUCUCUCUCUCUCACAAACACACUUUUUCACCCUUCUUCUCCGUUUCUCUGGAAAAUUGAUUGCUCAUUCAACAAUCAACCCCAAAAGGAGAAACUCCUUUCUCCCUCUUCUCUCUCUUCUCCAUUUCUCACUCUCUCUGCCUCUGGCGCCAUUGUUAUCCUUCUUCACGCUCUAUAAAAAAGAAAGCUUGUUUCUUUGGAGUGCCCAGCUGAAAUAAAAAGGAAUGGGUUGCGCCCAGUCUAAGGUGGACAACGAGGAAUCGGUGACGAGAUGCAAGGAGCGGAAAAUCCUGAUGAAGGAGGCGGUGGCGGCGAGGAACGCCUUCGCCGCCGCCCAAUCCGGCUACGCCAUGUCUCUGAAGAACACCGGCGCCGCUCUCAGUGACUAUGCCCACGGGGAAGCGGACCCGUCGUCUCAGACGGCCAAUCUACAGCAGCAGACCCCGCUAGAUGUGGGGUUGGAGCAGCCGCCGCCGCCGCCUCCUCCUCCGAUUGACAAUCUCCCGCCGCCUCCGCCUCCGCUGCCGAGCUUCUCCCCUAGCCCUAGCCCUCCAAUCAAGCGCGCAAUCAGCAUGCCCGCGAUUCCCCUGAAGCGGAGGGGCCGGCGAGAUUUGGACUCCGUCGCCAUUGCUGAAGAGGACGAAGAGGAGGAAGAAGAAGAGGAAGAGGAAUUGGAUCACGGACUUCGAAACGGGAAUAGAGGUAAUAAGAACAGAGAUUCGCGAGAGCCCAGAGUUGGGGGCCCACACCCUGGGACGGUGGGACCUGGAGAUGCCCCACCGCCGCCGCCGCUGGGAAAUCACCCGGUGCCGCCGAUGCCGGAGGCGAAGAGCAUGGCUUGGGAUUACUUCUUCAUGGUGGACAGUAUGCCCGGUCCGAACCUGGAACCCGAAGACGAGGACGACGAUGGGCGGGCAGAGAGGCAGAACGCGAAUGGUAAUUUUGGGGGAAAGGUCGACGCCGAUGAACCCAAGACGCCGGAGAUAACUCCGGUGAAGGCGAAGGGCAACCUGGCGGAGGAAGAGGAAGAAGAGGAAGGAGAUACUACAGCAGGGAAGCAGAUUGAGCAUUCCCAAACGGCCCCGCCGGAUUUCAUGAGAAUUGGGAAGAAGGCUGCUGCAGGGAGUGUGGAUUUGAUGCAUGUUUUAGGUCAGAUCGAUGAUCAUUUCCUUAGGGCUUCAGAGAGUGCUCAGGAGGUCUGCAAGAUGCUCGAAGCUACUCGACUCCAUUACCAUUCCAAUUUCGCUGACAAUCGAGGGCACAUUGAUCAUUCGGCGAGGGUUAUGCGUGUCAUUACUUGGAAUAGAUCAUUUAAAGGUGUAAGCGGUGGUGGAGAAGGAGGGAAUGAUGAAUUUGAUUCGGACGAUUACGAAACUCAUGCCACUGUUCUGGACAAGUUGUUGGCAUGGGAAAAGAAACUCUAUGAUGAAGUCAAGCAAGGUGAGCUGAUGAAGCUUGAGUACAAAAGGAAGGUGGCAUUACUCAACAAGCAGAAGAAACGCGGUGCUAGUGCUGAAUCCUUGGAGAAGACUAAAGCUGCUGUGAGUCAUUUGCACACGAGAUAUAUAGUUGACAUGCAGUCCAUGGACUCCACCGUCUCCGAAGUUAAUCAUAUACGUGAUCAGCAGUUGUAUCCUAAGCUUGUUGCUCUCGUCGAAGGGAUGUCGAAAAUGUGGGGAAGCAUGACAAUCCACCAUGAUAGCCAGCUGAAGAUUGUAACAGACCUCAAAUCGCUUGAUGUAGCCCACGCCAUCCGAGAAACAACGAGGCAGCAUCAUGAACAAACCACCCAGUUAUGCGAAGUGAUUGAGAAAUGGCACGACCAAUUCAAUCAUCUCGUCACACAUCAGAAGCAAUACAUCAGCUGUCUCAACAGCUGGCUAAAGCUGAACCUCAUCCCCAUAGAGAGCAGCUUGAAGGAGAAGAUAUCAUCACCACCUCGAGUCCAGACCCCACCCAUCCAACCCUUACUCCACGCGUGGCACGACCACCUCGAGAAGCUCCCCGACGAGAUCUCCAAAUCCGCCAUCUCGUCGUUCGCAGCCGUGAUCAGGACCAUCAAGCUCCACCAGGAGGAAGAGAUGAAGCUGAAGGAGAAAUGCGAAGAAACUCGCAAGGAGUACAUAAGAAAGAGACAGGCUUUCGAGGAUUGGCACCAGAAGUAUGUGAUGAAGAGGGCCCCGAUGCCCUCGGAGGAUGAAAACGGUGGUGGUGACAGAACCGGAGAUCCGGUGGCGGAGAGGCAGUUUGCUGUGGAGACCCUGCAGAAGAGGCUGGAGGAGGAAGUGGAAGCUCACCAGAGGCAUUGCCUUCAGGUGAGGGAGAAGUCGCUGGGGAGUCUGAAGAUCCGUUUGCCCGAGCUGUUUCGUGCCAUGUCGGACUACUCUCAUGCGUGUUAUGAUUCGUACGAGAGGCUGAGGUCCAUCGUUCACCGGCAGCAGAACAGUGGAGGUGGGCGCCGUGACGCGGUGUAAGGGCUAUAUUGCGUGUUUAGAGAGGUAAAUUAUGAACAGGAACUAGAAACUGUCCUGUGUUUGUGUAGCAGUUAGUAUUAGUAGGGAGUGUUUUGGGAUCCGGAAGGCAAUGGAAAGUGUAGUUUGGAAAUACGCUGCUUGCUUUGCAUAAUUUAAAGGUUUGCAAUGUAGUGGUGCCCUGUGAAACUCGGCAGGGGAUUUUGGUCGUGAGCAGCGGCAGUGAGUCAUUUUGUGACUAUAUAUAAUGUCAAACCAUUGGAUGAGUUGACUUCAUUUCACAUAGCCUUGGAAUCUUCUAAACUUAAGAUCUGUAGGUUGAAUACCUUUGAAUUAUGUUCGUAUCGAUAUA